AUGGAAGCAGCACUCCACAGCAACCCCAUUUCUGCAGGGGCGGCUCCACCACCAUCAGUGACACCCUCUGUGGUGUCUCAGCCAAUGAACAUGAAUGUUAACAUGAACAUGAACGUGGGAAACACAGAAGGAACAACCACACCAACACCAGCACCAACACCACCAACAACAACAAUGGUUCCUUCAGUGCCAGCUGCAACGACAACAACAACAUUGGCGACAACAACACCAGGGAGCACUGGGGGGCAAGGGAGUUUUGACUUGUUUGGGAAGAAGAAGAGAGGGAGGCCGAGAAAGUAUGACGCCGAUGGGAACCUGAGGGUGAGUGCAACCCCAACACCACCUCCACCAGGUUUCACUUUGUCCACACCUCCUGAGUUUUCUAACAAAAGGGGCCGUGGCAAACACACAGCUUUUGGAAACUACCAACUCUUUUCUUCUUUUGGUGAGGUUUUUGCAAACACAGCUGCUGGUGAUUUCAUACCCCAUGUGGUGACUGUUUAUACCGGAGAGGAUGUUGCAGGAAAGAUCUUGUCAUUUGCUCAGAAGGGUCCAAGAGGAAUAUGCAUUCUUUCUGCAAAUGGAGCUAUCUCAAAUGUCACCAUACGCCAACCCGGUUCUUCUGGUGGCAUAUUAACUUAUGAGGCAUGCUUUAUGUCUUCUGCCAAUAUAGAAUAUGGAUGCCAUAUAGGACAGCAUUGGGUGUAUUUAUGUCAGGGUCGAUUUGAGAUUUUAUCUUUGUCUGGAUCAUUCACUGUCGCCGACAACAGUGGCAUGAAAAGUCGAACUGGCGGAUUGAGUGUCUCACUUGCUGGCCCUGAUGGUCGAGUGAUAGGAGGUGGUGUUGCUGGACUUUUAACAGCUGCUGGUCCCAUCCAAAUUGUAGUUGGGAGUUUCACGCAAAAUGGUCACAAAAGCCAAAAGAAGAAGUAUCAGCGUGAACAACAGACAGUGGUCUCCCCUACUUCAGCUGUUCCAGAAACUGUGACAUUUGCAAGACCUAUCUCACAAGCAAAUGCUGAGGGUGAAAACUUUCUGAUGCCCAUGUCUCAGAUACCAGAUCAAACCCGGAGAGAAUCAGUCAGUGUUUCAAGUGACAAACAGAACCUAGAUGCUACACCUGAUGCUGCUACUUGGAAUGGUUCUGAGGAAUAUUCAGACCAGAGGAUAUCCCCAGACAUCAACAUAUCUUUGCCAGAUGAAUAG